CGGUUGUUGAUCGAGACCAUCUUCGUUGUUGUCUCGGUUCGCCAAAAUUAUUUGCUCACCUCUAUUUUGAUUGACCUGGGAAUUAUGGUAUGAAAUUGUGAUUCUCCAAUGCUCCCUGGUUUAUUUCGUCCGUCUACAGCCCUCGCUGUGUUUCCCAUCCUUUCCCUUCUGCCGAAUCGCAAUCAUGCGUGAAGUUACUCCACUCCUUUUGAAUACAGGUCGUUUGCGCUCGAGUUUCCCGCCGUGCCCGCGAUGCUAUCGUUUCCCGGUUUCCCGACGGUCGAUCUCUCGCUUGACGACUCCCUCUAAUGGAAUACUGCUUUCUCGCAAUGCCAUCCAGCACAGAGGAGGCUAUUCGGCCUUGAAAUCCAUUGAUCGAGAGCUUGGCCUGCCGCUGCUCUCCGCAUCGUUCUCUACCUCCUCACGAUUGUCCGAGCCCGACUGGGAUGCGAACCCGAACUUGGACAUUUCAGCUUUCUCAGAACUCCCAACGAAAGAUUUCGGGGUGAACCAACAUAUGGUAAUUAACCAAGAAUUUAAGGAAGCGCUCCGUCAAAUCCUUUGGAAAUUCCGGGCACCGAUUCGGUAUGCAUUCGCAUAUGGUUCAGGCGUCUUCCCUCAAUCAGGAAGUGCACCUGGAUCCGACGGAUGCCAUCCAUCAGCUCCCACAGCAAUUAAGAACAUGCAGCAGGGCAAGGGAAAGAUGAUUGAUUUUAUAUUCGGAGUCUCGUAUAGUCAGCAUUGGCACUCUCUGAACCUGCAUCAGCAUCGUGAUCAUUACUCUGGACUAGGUUCGCUGGGAUCCUAUGUGGUGUCCCAAGUACAGGAUCAAUUUGGAGCUGGGGUCUAUUUCAACCCUUAUAUCACUGUCAAUGGCACUUUGAUCAAAUAUGGAGUCGUCAACCUGGAUACACUCUGCAAGGAUCUCAGUAACUGGGACACUAUGUACCUCGCGGGACGACUGCAGAAGCCCGUCAAAAUCCUCCGGGACCAUCCGCAGGUACGCCUGGCGAAUCAGAUGAACUUGCUCUCCGCUUUACGGGUAGCCUUGUUAUUACUCCCUGCGGAAUUCAGUGAAUUUGAACUCUACAGUACAAUUGCCGGGCUGAGUUACAUGGGCGACAUCCGCAUGUCAUUGCCAGCCGAGGACCCCCAGAAGGUGAGGAACAUUGUCUCUGGGCAAAUGGCUAACUUCCGGCGGCUAUACGCACCGCUGAUUGAAAACCUACCCAACGUCGUCUUCAACGACCCGCGGUGCACUCAACGCGAUUGGAUCGAUGAUCCCGAAACCAAUGUGCGGGUUUCUCAGGAUGUGGAUCCGGUAAAGCGUGGAAACAUGGUCAGCCGGCUGCCCCCAGCAUUUCGCGAAAAACUGUACUUCCAAUACCAAGCAAGAUAUCAGAUCCCGCGGGCGGAAUUCGAGAAGAUGAAGGAGGAAAACAGCACUAAGGAACCGGAGGCUUUCCGUCGGAGACAGGGUGGACCGUUUGAACGGCGCAUCGCAGGUGACUCGAGCCUUAAGCACGAGAUAGAGACAUCGAUCAUGAAAACCAUCCGCUGGCCUAGUACGGUCCAAAGUGCCAAGGGGCCAAUCACUGCGGGAUUUGGCAAAUCCUGGAGAUACAUGCGGGAAAAGCAAAAGAAGUAUAAGGGAUCCGGCAGCCAUUCCACACUAUCAAAGCCGGAGGAGCGUCCUUCUGAAGCGGAAUCGCAAAAGCCGGAGCCGGAGCCGAAGCAAAAGCAGGAGUAAAUCUUUUCUUCUAGAUCCUACGGUGAACCUUUUUGUUUUCACUGUUAUGACGGGCAUAUAAUCUUCCCACGAUGAUGAUUGUAGAUGAGGCAUAAGAAGGCGUUUGUUGUUUCCACAGAGGGAUGGGGUACAUAUGUGUCAAGUGUUGAUUCCUCUUGGAUAUACAUUAUUUCUGAAUAGGCUUUACUUCAUCAAUGCAUGUAUAUACUACUACUAUACUUGAACUAUUUAUAUUUUUAUGGAUUGCCGUGAUUCAGUCAUUUUUCCGUUCCCGACAAUAUCCCCGCCACCCCACUAUCUUUGCCCGUGGUAUUAUCAUUCAUUCCUCCUCUUACCAGCAACUACAAGCAAUCAAAAACC